UGAAAGACAAGAGUUCACUUAUUUAUUUUGCCUUGUGCCUCUCAGCAGGUUUCUGCCAUGGGCAUGGGGGACAGGGGAACAAGCAACCACUCAGGAGUGACUGACUUCAUUCUUGUAGGCUUCAGGGUCCGCCCAGAGCUCCACUCUCUCCUCUUCCUGCUCUUUCUGCUGGUCUACACCAUGGUCCUGCUGGGGAAUGUUGGCAUGAUGGCCGUUAUUAUGACUGACCCCCAGCUGAAGACACCAAUGUAUUUCUUCCUAGGCAACCUCUCCUUCGUUGAUCUCGUCUAUUCGUCUGUUAUUGCACCCAAGGCUAUGAUCAACUUCUGGUCUGAGAGCAAGACCAUCUCCUUGGCAGGCUGUGUGAUGCAGUUCUUUCUUUUCACCCUCUUCAUUGUGACUGAGGGCUUUCUCCUGGCAGUCAUGGCUUAUGACCGCUUCAUUGCCAUCUGCAACCCACUCCUCUACUCUGUCCACAUGUCAACACGUCUCUGCACUCAGUUGGUGGCAGGUUCCUACUUUUGUGGCUGCAUCAGCUCCAUUCUUCAGACCAGCAUGACAUUUACUUUAUCCUUUUGUGCGUCUCGGGCCAUUGACCACUUUUACUGUGACACUCGCCCACUUCGGAGAAUAUCUUGUUCUGAUGUCUUGAUCCAUAAAAUAAUUUCUUUCUCCUUAUCUAGCAUCAUUAUUUUGCCUACCAUCAUAGUUAUUAUUGUCUCUUAUUUAUAUAUAGUGUCCACAGUUCUAAAAAUACGCUCUACUGAGGGGCGUAAGAAAGCCUUCUCCACUUGCAGCUCUCACCUAGGAGUUGUGAGUAUUUUGUACGGUGCUGUCUUUUUUAUGUAUCUCACUCCUGACACUUUUCCUGAGCUGAGUAAAGUGGCCUCCUUAUGUUAUACCCUAGUCACUCCCAUGUUGAAUCCUUUGAUUUACUCUCUGAGAAACAAAGAUGUCAAAGCAGCUCUAAACAAACUUUUAGAGAAGAAAAGUACUAUUCUAUGA